GGAGCCCCGGGCACAGCAUCCUGGCGCGGGCCCGGCUGCCAUAGCCACUGCCGUCGGGGAAGGUCCCAGCGUGGUCAUGGCCUCCCGAGGGGCCCGCCCCGCCCCAAACUCGCAGCACUCCACACAGUAGCCCGGAGGAGAAGCGGCCUGGACGUCGCGGACGGCCGGGUAGGCAGCAUGGAGGAGGCGCACCUGCUCUCCGCUGCCGACGUGCUGCGUCGCUUCUCGGUGACAGCCGAGGGCGGCUUGAGCCUGGAGCAGGUGACCGACGCGCGGGAGCGUUACGGCCCCAACGAGCUCCCUACUGAGGAAGGGAAAUCCCUGUGGGAGCUGGUGGUGGAGCAGUUUGAGGACCUCUUGGUGCGCAUCCUGCUGCUGGCAGCCCUGGUUUCCUUUGUCCUGGCCUGGUUCGAGGAGGGUGAGGAGACCACAACGGCCUUCGUGGAGCCCCUGGUCAUCAUGCUAAUCCUCGUGGCCAAUGCGAUCGUGGGAGUGUGGCAGGAACGCAACGCAGAGAGUGCGAUUGAAGCCUUGAAGGAGUAUGAGCCUGAGAUGGGUAAGGUGAUCCGCUCUGACCGCAAGGGUGUGCAGAGGAUCCGAGCCAGGGACAUCGUCCCUGGGGACAUUGUGGAAGUGGCAGUGGGAGACAAGGUACCUGCUGACCUCCGUCUCAUCGAGAUCAAGUCCACCACACUUCGAGUGGACCAGUCCAUCCUGACAGGGGAAUCCGUGUCUGUGACGAAGCACACAGAUGCCAUUCCAGACCCCCGAGCCGUGAACCAGGACAAGAAGAACAUGCUGUUUUCUGGCACCAAUAUCGCAUCAGGCAAAGCCCUGGGUGUGGCUGUGGCCACAGGCCUGCACACAGAGCUGGGCAAGAUUCGGAGCCAGAUGGCGGCUGUGGAGCCUGAGCGGACGCCGUUGCAGCGCAAGCUGGAUGAAUUUGGGAGGCAGCUGUCCCACGCCAUCUCUGUGAUCUGUGUGGCUGUGUGGGUCAUCAACAUCGGCCACUUUGCUGACCCGGCCCACGGUGGAUCCUGGCUCCGUGGUGCAGUCUACUACUUCAAGAUCGCUGUGGCCCUGGCUGUGGCUGCUAUCCCCGAGGGUCUCCCAGCAGUCAUCACCACAUGCCUGGCCCUGGGCACGAGACGUAUGGCACGUAAGAAUGCCAUUGUGCGGAGCUUGCCGUCUGUGGAGACGCUAGGCUGCACCUCGGUCAUCUGCUCUGACAAGACGGGGACGCUCACCACCAAUCAGAUGUCUGUCUGCAGGAUGUUCGUGGUGGCUGAAGCAGAGGCAGGCACCUGUCAUUUGCACGAAUUCACCAUUUCGGGUACCACGUACACCCCAGAGGGCGAAGUGAGGCAAGGGGAGCAGCCUGUGCGCUGUGGGCAGUUUGAUGGACUCGUAGAGCUCGCAACCAUCUGUGCCCUCUGUAAUGAUUCUGCGCUGGACUACAAUGAGGCCAAGGGCGUGUAUGAGAAGGUAGGAGAGGCCACAGAGACAGCCCUGACUUGCCUGGUAGAGAAGAUGAACGUGUUUGACACAGACCUGGAAGGACUCUCACGGGUGGAGCGUGCUGGCGCCUGCAACUCGGUCAUCAAGGAGCUCAUGCGGAAAGAGUUCACCCUGGAGUUCUCCCGGGACCGGAAGUCCAUGUCCGUGUACUGCACACCUACUCGUGCUGACCCCAAGGUCCAGGGCAGCAAGAUGUUUGUGAAGGGAGCUCCUGAGAGCGUAAUCGAGCGCUGUAGCUCAGUCCGAGUGGGUAGCCGAACAGCACCCCUGAACACCACCUCCAGAGAGCAUAUCCUGGCCAAGAUCCGGGACUGGGGCUCAGGCUCUGACACACUGCGCUGCUUAGCCUUGGCCACUAGGGACACCCCCCCAAGGAAGGAGGACUUGCAUCUGGAUGACUGCAGCCAGUUUGUACAGUAUGAGACAGACCUGACCUUCGUGGGCUGCGUGGGCAUGUUAGACCCACCGAGACCAGAGGUGGCUGCUUGUAUCACACGCUGUUCUCGGGCUGGCAUUCGAGUGGUCAUGAUCACAGGGGACAACAAAGGGACAGCUGUGGCUAUCUGCCGCCGACUUGGCAUCUUUGGGGACGCAGAGGAUGUGUUGGGCAAGGCCUACACGGGCCGUGAGUUUGAUGACCUCAGCCCAGAGCAGCAGCGCCAGGCUUGUCGCACCGCCCGGUGCUUUGCCCGUGUGGAACCCGCGCAUAAGUCUCGCAUCGUGGAGAACCUACAGUCCUUUAAUGAGAUCACUGCCAUGACUGGCGAUGGAGUGAAUGAUGCGCCAGCCCUGAAGAAGGCAGAGAUCGGCAUCGCCAUGGGCUCAGGCACUGCUGUGGCCAAGUCAGCAGCAGAGAUGGUGCUGUCCGACGACAACUUUGCCUCCAUUGUGGCUGCAGUGGAGGAGGGCAGGGCCAUCUACAACAACAUGAAGCAAUUCAUCCGCUACCUCAUCUCCUCCAACGUUGGCGAGGUUGUCUGUAUCUUCCUCACAGCAAUUCUGGGCCUGCCUGAAGCCCUGAUCCCCGUGCAGCUGCUCUGGGUGAACCUGGUAACAGAUGGCUUACCUGCCACAGCCCUUGGCUUCAACCCACCAGAUCUGGACAUCAUGGAGAAGCCGCCUCGGAACCCCCGUGAGGCUCUCAUCAGUGGAUGGCUUUUUUUCCGCUAUUUGGCUAUUGGAGUGUAUGUAGGCCUGGCUACAGUGGCUGCUGCCACCUGGUGGUUCCUGUAUGACACCGAGGGACCUCAAGUCACCUUCUAUCAGCUGAGGAACUUCCUGAAGUGCUCUGAAGACAAUCCGCUGUUUGCUGGCAUCGACUGCGAGGUCUUUGAGUCACGCCUCCCCACAACCAUGGCCUUAUCUGUGCUCGUGACCAUUGAAAUGUGCAACGCCCUCAACAGUGUCUCUGAGAACCAGUCACUGCUGCGCAUGCCACCGUGGCUGAACCCGUGGCUGCUGGGCGCUGUGGUCAUGUCCAUGGCUCUGCAUUUUCUCAUCCUUCUGGUACCACCUCUGCCUCUCAUUUUCCAGGUGACCCCACUGAGUGGUCGGCAGUGGGGGGUGGUGCUUCAGAUGUCUCUGCCUGUCAUCCUGCUCGAUGAGGCCCUCAAAUAUCUGUCCAGGAAUCACAUGGAUGGUGUUCUCGGGACAUUUAUGCAGGCUCGGAGUAGGCAGCCGCCGACCACUUCCAGGACCCCAUACCACACCGGAAAAAAAGGACCUGAAGUAAAUCCUGGGAGCAGAGGGGAGUCUCCAGUGUGGCCCUCAGACUGAGAAUAUCCUGGGAUUUGUCCUGUUCCCACCCCUGCCCCCACACUCAGCCACCUGUCUCCUGGACCCUGCUGAACGUAACAGGCCUGAAAGAGGAAUGGCCACCUCUAGGUCCAGUCCCAGGUUCCCGUCUCCCAUUUCUGUCCCUCCCUACUGCUCUGGCCCAGAAGCUGAGUCCAGGAGGGGAAGCUAAGAAGCCAGAGCUGACUGCAGGGCCACCACACAUUUCCCCCGCCCCCUCGCCCCCAGCUCUGCAACCUUUCCCCUGCUUGGAGGCAGGCAUUUGUUCAGUAACUAGUGCCUCUGCCCUGAGGACUCAUGGGGGCCUUCUUACUGACUCUGACCUCUUGCUUAGUUUGGGUCUGGAGCCUGGUCCACUACGGGUAGGAGGAGUCUGAGGGAACCAUCUGGGUCCAGCUGUGAACACGAGGAGAGGCAGCCCCUUCCACUUGGCUCAGCUUCCACCAAGCCCACUCCUGUGUCUGUUUAUAUAUGUGCCUGCCAGCCCCAGCAAAGUUGAAGGAUUACAGGCAGAUAGGAACAUAAGAAGCAGGGGGCGGGCCUGGACAAGGACUCCCUUUCCCAGGAGUGAGCCUGCGCUGACUGGCCUCAGCCCUGUUCCCACCUUGAGGCUCACUUCCUCAGCUCAGGUUGGCUCAGGGUGUCCUAAUUUGACUGUCCAUGCCCCUGGUGUCUGAGACUCCAGGCAACCCUGGGUCCAUGUCAGCUUCUCCUGCCACCCAGCCUGGUGUGAUACCAUGUCACUUGCUGCCUGGUGUCCUGGAAUUACUCUUUGCCCUGCUCCUCCUAGCAUACGUUUUUUUGAGUCAGAGAGAUGUCACUAGGGAAGUGACUCCACAAGGGACUUCCUCCCCUACCUCCCCACUGAAGGAAAGCAUCUUGGGGGGAGGGGGUCUAUCAGAUGAACAUACAAUGCUGUUCUUUGGGAUCUCUCUCUCUCUCUCUCUCUCUCUCUCUCUCUCUCUCUCUCUCUCUCUCUCUCUCUCUCUCUCUCUCUUAACUCAGCUGUUGUCCCUUUGACAAAAGCUAGCUAGCUAAGUGUCACAGGAAAUGGAGUAAGCGCCUGUCAGUGUGACUUAGCUCUUUCUUGAGUGUGUAUAAUAUGAUUAUUUUAUAUGUAAAUCAAGAUUCACAUCACUGUCCUGACCCCGCCCUCCCCAGGAACAAAAGCUCCCUCAGCCUACCUUGCGGACAGAUGAACUCCGAGUUGGGCUGCCCACUCUCCUGCACCCCCUCCCUCCCCCCUGCAGGCUCUGGAGGGGUGGCUUGGCAGGAGCAAUAGCGCUGUGCCCACUUGCUGAUUGUUUCUGAUGGAGAAAUAAA